UGUGUGUGUGUUCAGUGAAAUGAACAGGGGACUUGAGUGCGUGUGUGUGUGUGUGUGUGUGUAUGUGUGUGCAGAAGCUCGCACGCGUUUAACAGUCGCUCACAACAUGGCGAUGAGGCGCGCAGAGACACGACGGCUCUCCCCCGACUGAAAAGCGGGGACUCUGUUUUUAUGCUGCCUACCGGAGACCUCCUGUGUUUACAGGGACUCUGCGCGAGCGAGGACUUUACGAGGACCGUGUCGAUUUGAACGCAUGUAGCGUUGCUCUUUUUCUUUUCUUUCCUUUUUUUUUUUUUUUUUUUUUUUUUUUUUUUUUGAUUUCCUCCCGGCUGGGAAAAAAAAAAUCAAAAGGAGGAUGUCCAUGGCGCUGAAUACCUGGCUCUUCUCUCUGCUUUCGAUAUUCUGCUGUGGACUGGCCGUGCAAGAAAAUCCCAUGUCUGUGGAGCUGAGCUGUGGUGCUGGUCCCAUUCACGUGGUUCUGGAGCCUCCUCGUCCUCUUCUGCUGGACUGCCACCUGGGGAGCGCCGAGACCCCGCUUAACAUCACCUGGCUCCAGGAUGGGGUGGUGCUGAGCGAAAGCCAGGCCGUCCGGCUGCUUCCCAACAGCUCCCUGCUGCUCCUGCCUUCGGUCCAUGAUGGGAAAGAUUCAGCAGGAAUGGAGGGAGCCUACAGCUGUCUGAGCGGGAGCUCCUUCGGGACGCUCACCAGCCGCAGCGUCACUCUGCAGCUAGCCAGACUGUCUACUUUCCUCCGGGACCCCGAGCCUCAGGUAGUACCGGCCGGGGGUACUGCGCGCUUCGAAUGCCACAUAGACGGUGUACCUGCUCCCAGAAUCACCUGGGAGAAAAACCACAUGCCGCUUCCUGUACCUGCCGAAUCAGUCACUACACCGAGGUUUGUAACGCUUCCAAACGGCAUCCUGCAGAUUUUGGACGUCACAGCAGACGAUGGAGGUCUGUACCGCUGUGUAGCAUCUAACUCCGCUCACAAGCUCUACAGCCAAGACGCUUCACUAACUGUUACAUCAGGUCCUUCAGAGGAGGGCGAGGUGAUGAUUGUAGCUCCUCCGCGAGACUUGACGGUGGUUUUAGGACGGCCAGCGGUGCUGGAGUGUAUGGCUCACGGCCAACCCAAACCUUUCGUGUCCUGGAGUCGACGAGAUGGGAAACCCAUUGCUGCAGAUGUGCUGGUCCUCGCCACCAACCUGAUAAUACCUCACACACUCAGUCACCAUGCCGGAGCGUACGUGUGUCGCGCCAACAAGCCUAAAACGCGAGAGUUCGUCUCGGCCUCCGCUGAGAUCCGUGUGCUGGCCCCUCCGGUGAUUGUGAAACCUCCUGAGUCGGUCUCGCUGUCUCGGGGGAACACGGCGAGGUUUGUGUGUAACAGUUCGGGUUCUCCGGCUGCGUCUCUGCUCUGGCUGAAGGACGGCGAGCGUCUGCACUGGACCGCGCGGGUGAAGACUCAGAGCCCCGGUGUUCUCCUCAUCAACCAGCUGCGGCCGGACGACGCCGGAUAUUACCAAUGCCUCGCCUCCAACGUCCUGGGCACCGCCUGCGCCACCGCCAAACUGUCCGUCAUUGUGAGGGCGGGGCUUCCCAGUCCUCCACUUCACCUCCAGGCCACGCCUCACUCCAGCACCUCCGUCCUGCUCACCUGGGAUCCUCCAGAGCACAACCGCGAGCAGGUCAUCGGAUUCUCCAUCCACUACCAGCGCGCCACAGCAGGGUUCGAUAACAUGGAGUAUCAGUUUGCAGUGAACAACGACACGACGGAGUUCCACGUGAAGGAGCUGCAACCUCACACGGCCUACACCUUCUACAUGGUGGCUUAUUCGCCCAUGGGGGCCAGCCGUCCAUCUCAGUCCAUCACUGUGGAGACGGUGGAGGAUGCAGAAGAGGUGUUCUCAGUGGAGCUGGAUGGUAACGAGACCCAGGUGGCCCUGAGAGAUCUGAAGCCCAAUCGUACACACCAGUUACAGAUGGCUGCACGUGCAGGUGUAGGUUUUGGUGAGCCUUCGGAGUGGACCUUUCCCCAAACAUCCAACCUUACUCAGGUGCUCUUUCCUCCCACUGAGCUCAGAGUGACAGCUAAGAUGCAUUCCCUCCACGUCACAUGGCAGCCGCCGCCCAAUCACACGCAGAUCACCAGCUAUAAACUGGCCUAUCGGGAAGCGGAUGGCGACGAGGCGGCCAAUCAGGAGAGUCCUCCGGCUGACGCUUCUCACAUCAGGCUACGCAAGCGAGUAAAGCAUUACGAAAUCACGGGCCUCGCUCCUGACCGCCUGUAUGAAGUGAAAGUGUGGGCGUGUAAUAAGCAGGCUGAAGGCUAUCCUGCCAUAUGGAAGGGCCGGACCGAGAAAUUCACUGAUCGAGUUCGACCCCUGGACCACCCUCCCCCACUGCCCCCCAGCAUCGUUAAAGCUCAGGCUAACAGCUCCACGUCCAUCUGGCUGCGGUGGGAGAAACCGCCGUUCAGUAACGUACGCAUCAUUAACUACACGAUACGCUGCAGCCCCGCUGGCAACCGCAACGCCUCACUCGUCUCCUACUACACCAGCACGUCUCAGGAGAUCCUGUUAGGUGCACUUAAACCCUUCACCCGUUAUGAGCUGGCCAUCCAGUCCAACGGCAUCAGCACCGGCGGGCCCUUCAGCAGCACGGUGGAAGAGUCCACACUCGCUGACAGACCCUCAUCUCCACCUACAGACCUACAGCUGAGCGCCAUAGACUCAUUCUCCGUGUUGGUGAGCUGGCGCCCCCCUCUGGAGCCUAACGGCAUUAUCGUAAGCUAUCGAAUGCUCUACAGCGGCAACCUCAGUCAGCCGGAUGACCUGUGGACCAACCUGAGCCAUGACGGUUCUGUCACUAGCACAGAGGUUCUGGGUCUCAUGAGCGGGACACGGUACUACUUUAAGAUGGGGGCGUGCACAGAGGUCGGAGUGGGGCCGUUCUCUCCCGUCAAGGAUGUACACACACCCCCGAAGAAAUAUGAGUUGGACAUUCAUGCUGUCACUGGGAUCAUCGUCGGUGUGUGUCUUGGUCUCCUCUGCAUCCUCGUCUGCAUGUGUGUCAGCUUCCGCAACGGAAAAAGCCGCGACACCCCUGGAGGGUUGGAACCCAGUCUGUUGAACCCGCAGUACCGCAGAAGCGCCCAUCCUGUACCCGCCGUCGUACCUAACUGCACAGACUGCCAUGAACUGGAGACCCUAAUGCCCCCCGGAGCCCAGGACCCGGUUCCGCCCCUAACUGACCCUAAUGAGCAGCAAAGCCUCAUGGGUAGUGUCGGUGGAGCUUAUGAUGCACCAGCAGAUCUGAAGCCGAGCUGGAACGGUUCAGUGAGCCGGGAGUGGGCCAGUCGGAUCAGCACCUACAGAGAGACGAUUACAGAAAACUCGCCAUGUCUCAUUAACGGAUUUCGGGACACUAAGGAGAGCAAGAACAGUCGUGACGAGCAUCCGCAUUCUCUCGGCUCGAACCAGGUGGAGGCUGACGUGAUCGUACACUCGGAGCUGUCUGAUCCAGCAGAGGAGGUGCUGCAGGAGCUUCGGAGUGACACUAAUCUCUCUCUGGGGUCUCCUGUGUCACACUUCCCGUGCAGAGAGGACGCUCCACCGCCAUCAUUAUCCUCAAUCAAACCUGACACUGAAAUCCAUCCUGCGUCUCACCGCACCCCCAACCACUUUCAGGAUGCACUGGCUAAUCACAACGGGCCGCUGGAAAACGGGCUGGCCCAGCUGACUCUGGGAGGCGCUACUGAAGAAGGGGUAUCCCCUGAGCACCUCCAACCCGCUCUAGAGAACGGAGAUCACAGACUCCGCCCUUCAGCGAAGGCUCUAUCUCAGAUAGGACUGUCGGCUUCCCCUCCAGCCUUCGCCAGGUCCGGCCUCGUCCGCUCUACCUCAGGUGCGCACAGCUACCUGUGCUCCUAAGCAUUAAAAGAAGAGGAGGAAACGAACCAUGAUGCCAAUACACCACUAUUGCAACAUAUUGUUUUAUAAGUGUGUACAGUACAUACAGAAUAUUUUUUUAGCCCUAGAAACCAUGGGUGUGCUUUUUUUUUUUUUUUUUUUGGUCCCUUUUUUUAUUUUAUUUUAUUGUGUGCAUGUAUUGUAUGUAUUCAUUUAGCAUACAUGGAUACAUGCACAUGUGCUAUAAAUAGUAUAUAUGAAUAUUGUAAAUUUGGACUUUUCUUAACUCUGAAGAUGGAAUCAGAUAUCAGUGUCUGAAGAUCAGAGCAGAACACGGGUCUAGUCCACACUAGCAAGAAAUAGAUUUGGAAAACGGCUUUUUAGCACCGUUUUCGAAUCCGCUCUCCAAAGCGGAUAAAUCCGAAAACGAUGACGUAUAGUCGUCACGUCAUCACUGCAGUUCCAAGAUGGCCGAACUUUGUGAAACUGUGGCGUGCAAGAAAGUGGGUUUUUUUCUUUUCUUGUUUUUUUGUAUGUUCAUGUUGUUACCAAACAAAAACGUAUGGAAUUAAAUUGGUGCCAAAACUAUUGAGCGUAGCUUUUCAAGAAACGAGCGAAAAGACACAAUGAGAACCAGCGUGCCGUUUUCUGUCGUUUUCGAGUCUCGCUGUAGAUGGGACACUUUUGGUAAACGGCUUGAAAACGUCACUUUGCGAAGCUUUCCCUUUAAAUGUCCGUUUGUUUAUUUAUUUUAUUAUUUACAGUCGCGUUAGUGUGGACUAGGCCGUAGUCGGAAGAACUGAAUAGACCGAUCAGAGAUUAGUACUUACAAAGCAGCCGUAGACUUACAGCAAGAGUCCACAACCCUGCCACGCACUACAGAUUUCUCAGGGUUAACACACACACACACACACACACACACACACACACACGGUCCUGGGUGGAGAAACCAGAAGCUACACCUUCACCGACCUUUCUUUCAGCUUGAUUAAGUCUAACCUAUCAAUUUCUUUCAUUCCUGUCUCUCUCUCUCUCUCUCUCUCUUUCUCUCUCUCUCUCUCUCUCAUACUCACACACACACACACAAAUACAAACAAACACAGAAGUUUCUAUUUGCACCUGGGUGAAAACAGGAAUAUGUAUUUGCACCCGGUUGGUGUUAGCAAUAUAACAGGUUACCUGUUGCUAGCAUGUGUGAAAAAAAUAUUCUAAAAACCUUCAUACAUUUUUAGCAAAGCAGUAUUAAAACAUCUGUUGUCGUUGUGGUUGUUUUUUUGUUGUUUUUGUUUUUAGAGCUACAAACUUUACUACUAGUUAUAAGUUCACAAUAUACUAGUUAGCUUAAUCUGAGUUAGCUUUCUUGCAAAUGUAAUAUAACAGUUAGUUGUACUAAUACCCUUCCACUGGGAUUUAUUUUCACACUAGGAUGGUUAGCCUAAUGUUAGCUAGCUUGCUAGUGCUACUACAUUGCGACUAGUUUAAAUGGCACAACAAAGUAGUUUAUUUGAUGUUAGCUGUCUUGUUAGAAAAAUGGCCUACUGGGGUGACCAAAUCUUAGCUAGUGAACUUUGCUGUUGAUUUUAAUUCACAGUGUAUAAGAUUUGCUAUUGUUCGUUAUCUACAGUAGUUGCUAGCAAACUAGACUAAACACUAAGUUUAAUUGCACAAUAUAGUGGUUAGCAUAUUCUCAGCUAAGCUGGCUAGCGAGCUUUGUUGCGGGUUUUAAUUUCAGAAGAAUGUAGUUUACUUCAUGUUAGCUAGCUUGCUGUGUAAGCUAAAUAGCUAAGUGUUGUGUAAAUAAAACCAGUCUUCUGUGCUAAGCGCUACAUCGAGACGAAAAUGAAGGAUUUGUUCACGUCUUCUGAUGAAUGUUUGUGUGUUUAUGAGUGCAGUUAGCGGUUCUGUGUGGCUAAUGUGGCUAUUUUCACCCGGGUGCAAACAGACAGUCGGAUCAAAGACGUUCCUCGGCUGGAGUUUCUCAGGAGUUUUAUGUAUAUAACGACGAGGAACUGCUGAGAAAAGAUGAAGGACAUGUCUACUGUACAUGUAGAGUCAUUUGAUUUGUUCAACGGGAGACCUAAAGCAUGUUUGCGGGUGCUUCAUACAUCUACUACUCCCAGCCACUACCUCAUUUAAAAUGGAUCCUAUAUUUUUCUUUCUUUCUUUCUUUUUUUUUUUUUUUGUGAUUUAAUUUUCAGGAAUAAUUUAUAAUUCUGAGGCCAAUUUUGUGUACAUGGGUUUAUAAAGAUUGUGAUUCGUAACUUUUAGCACUCUUUCGUCUUCUGUUGAUAACCCGCCGCAUUAACACAGCAUUGACACCGCUUCCUGUCCCAACCAUGGUUCAGCUUUGUUCGGUAUAACAACUCUUUUUCUUUUUCUUAUCCAUGAGAGAUUAGCGCACAGAGGACUUUCUGAACGAUGGGAGACGCGUCCAUGCCUCGCCUCACUCAUCUUUUCUCAGGGAGCUCUGAACACGAACACACACACACACACACACACACACACACACACACACACACACACUCUCUCUCACUGUACAGGGAGUCUGAAAAGAUAAAAGAAGAAAGCAAACAUGUCUGUUCAACUAAACUCAGUUCCUGUGUUCCUUCAGCCAUAAUUAGAUUUUUUUUGGUCUUGUUCUUCCUCAGAACCAAACAUCUCUCUCUCUCUCUCUCUCUCUCUCUCUCUCUCUCUCUGUCUCUCUCUCUCUCUUUUUUUUUGUAUUGCUGCUAAGAGCAGAAACGAUUUUUUUAAAAUAUGCAUUUGAAAAUGAUUAUUUAAGUGUCUUGUCUUUGUUCUUUUGGAAAAGAAAAAUACUUAUAUUUCUUACAUGUUAAUUAUUUUAUUAGGAAUGAUUUUUACUGAAAUGCUGAUGCUCUUGUCUUACAUCAGUCUGAGGAAUUUGACCUUCUACAGUAUGUUGAUCUAAGACCAGGUCUGCUCUCUUUCUUUCUUUCUUUUUUUAUUUUA